AUGAUCGUAAAAAUGAAAGAACAAAUGCUGCAAUCAAGAAAAUGAUAGAAUGGGGAAGAGGAUUAGAAUUAAUUAAUACCGAAGAAAUUAAGAAAUUAGUCAGUGAAUAUAAAGACUUUGACUAUGAAGAAAAAGAAGAAAAAGGUAAAACAAUAAAAGAAACAAAAUCUGAUAUAACAUAUGAAAUAAAUAUAAUCAGAAGAAUUAAUAAAAUAACGAAAAUUGGAAAAGUUAUUAAUGGAGAAUGGAUUGAAGUUAGUAGUAGAACUAAAACAGAAAACAAAA